AUGCUUAUAUACACUCCACCCAGUGGCCUCGAAAAUAUGCUUGACCACCAUCUUGUACAGCACAAAUAUCGAGCAAGGGAACAACUCCGCACAUUCCAGCAUGAAGAAAGAUUCUCAAACAGCAGCGUUCCACAGUCCAAGUCUCAUUUUUGCUACAGGAAAUUCCCUGACAGCUUGAACAGCUGUGCAGUUCCCGUCCACACCUCCGCAUUCGGCAAUAUUUACAGCCGCAUCACCAACCGCGUUAACUUCAAUUGUAUGCCCACCGUCAGAGGGGUAGCUGCUUGUGCCACUGCAUCCGGUACGGCGGCCGUGUCCAUGACCCUGAUGGCGCUGGCGGGCGUGGGAGACAACAUUGUUGCCUCCUCUACUGUGCACGGAGGAACUUACCAUCAAUUCAAGGUUCUGGCGCCACAGCUGGGCAUUGAGUGUCGCUUUGUCGCGUCCAAUGAGCCGGAAGAUUUCCGAGCAUUGCUUGAAGGCAAGACAAAGUUCAUCUUUGUUGAGAGUAUCAGCAAUCCUAAAUACACAGUGCCGGACUUUGAAGCUCUAGCUGAUAUUACUCACUCCCAUGGGGUACCUUUAAUUUGCGACAACACCUUUGGCUGCGCCGGGUAUUACUGCCGUCCGAUCGAGCACGGAGCGGAUAUCGUCGUUUAUUCCGCAAGGAAAUGGAUCGGCGGACAUGGAACCACUCUCGGUGGUGUUAUUAUGGACGGAGGGACUUUCGACUGGGGCCAACAUGCAGAUAAGUUUACUCAGUUCCAUUCAGAUGGGGCCCAAGAGGGCAGUGGUGAGGUCAGUCUGUGGAAGACUUUCGGGCGACGGGCCUUUGCCAUACGAUGUCAGUUGGAGGUGCUCCGAGAUAUCGGCAGCACUAUGAGCCCCCAGGCUGCACAGCAGCCGCUCAUCGGCCCCGAGUCGCUCGCCGUUCGAUGUGAUCGUCACACAGCCAACACGGAAGUCUUGGCCGCGUGGCUUGCACAGCAGCCGCAGGUGGCGUGGGUGCGCUAUCUGGGUGACCCGGACCAUCCAUGCCAUCGCAAUGCCAGCAAGUAUCUGCGACAUGGAUACGGCGCUGUCUUCUCUUUUGGCAUCAAAGGAGGACAGAAAGCCGGUUUCCGUCUAUGCGAUGAGUUUCAGAUGAUCAUCAAUACGACCAAUCUGGGCGACUCCAAGACUCUUGUGUAUCUUUUUUUCAGGAGAAGGGCAUAUCUAUUGGAAGGGCGAGGCCUGGCGACGCAGCCUCAUCGCACAGGAGCAAUGGUGGAAGAAAUACCUCCGUCUUGA